UUUAUCAACAUGGGAGGAGCCGGACUCGGGCAGAAGCCCGGAGGCUUUCGUUUUGUAGGCGGGUUGCGAGACGGCGCUGCGCGGGGACAUGGCUCGGGGACUCUUUCACCUGCUCCUCAUGGUUGCAUUAGUUAUGGAAACACAUUGCAAAAAUGAUACAGAGAUUCCCAUACACACAGCACACAAUAAAUCUGUUACAAGGAAGAGAAACAUUGCUAAGCGAGAGAUUAUCUGUGCAGAGGAAGAGUACAUUUUAAAUGAUCAGUGCUGCAAGAAAUGUAGACAUGGUCAUGUCAAAAGUACUGAGUGCCCAAACACUCUAGCACAUUGUGUACCAUGCAAAUCUGGAGAGGAGUACAUGGAUCAUAUCAAUGAUUUGGACAAGUGUAUGAGAUGUCGUUCAUGUGACAUAGCACUUGGUUGGAAGGUUGUAAAGAACUGUACCCCAACAGAGAAUACAGAAUGCUCCUGUGCAAAGAACCAUUAUUGCAAUCCUCCUCAAUGUGAACACUGCGAGUCAUGUACCGUAUGUGAAAAUGGCCUAGUUGAAAAGGAAUGCACUUCAACUUCAGACACUGUGUGCAGAAUGCAAGAAGCAGGAAUGCCACCUUUGGGCACCGCAUUUAUUGCCGUAUUUGUGAUAGCAUUAGCAGCUGCAGCAGGAUUCAUAUACUACCGUAAGAGAAAACGGGAGAAUAUUAUUACCCAAGGUAACACAGCCACUGGUAGAGACAGUUCUGAUGAGACUUUGACACUCGUAUCUAUAGAUGAUGAGCUGAGCCGCCAUAUCCCUGACAUCGUGAGGGAGAUGACACUAGAUGAGGUCAAGGCAUUUGUUCGUCAUCACGGUCUUUCAGAACCUACCAUAGAUGAAAUUAUCCAGGAUAACUUCAAUAACACAUCUGAACAGAAGAUUAAGCUCUUUCAGAAAUGGCACCAAAUGCAUGGGAUAAGAGGAGCCCAUGGAACCCUAAUAAGCAGCCUGAGAGAUUUAAAAAUGCGUGCAGUAGCUGAUAAAAUUGAGGAAAAACUGAAGGCAGCUGUUUCAAGCCACCAGGAAAGGAGGGAGUCUUAUAAUGAUAAAACUGUGCAAAGCAAUUCCUACAGUCAGGAAGGUGGAAAAUCUUAUCACGAUAAAGCUGAAAUAAGUAAAACCUACCCUGAGAGUUUGGAAGAAACAUAGCAUAGAAUUAUAUUAAAAUUAUUUCUGACUGAAUUAGUAUUUUUUUACUACUACAAAUAACAAAGCUUCUGAAAGCCAUUUGGUUGGCAGCUCAGGGAGUUUUUCAGGGUACUUAUAACACGAAGAAAUUUUGGAUUUUUGUAAAGGUAUGUUUCCUUUAAAAAGAAGUCUUAACUGUUUAUUUUGAUUGUUAAAAACAGGACAGAUUUAUGGCUUAUUAAAGGUAACAAUAGAAGAGUUCAGCCAUAGGACUUGCUACAAAAAGAACAAAGUAGUAACUGGCAGAAAGGUUUAACUCAAAUGUGGUAGUCCUGAACACUGACUCAAUGUAGAGUUUCAAUUACAUUGUAAUUAUGGGAUGUUACAUUUUUCAAAGCAAAAAGUCUGAUGUUAAAAGUCAAUGAAAUAAACAAGGAAGAAUGCUUCAACAACAAAAUAAUAAGCCUUUGUAUAAUAUACCCCUAAUUAAUUCUAAAUAUAUAUCUUAAUCAUAGAAUGGCUUGGUUUGGAAGGGACCUUUAAGGAUCAUCUGCCAUGGGCAAGGUUGCUAACCACUAGAUCAGGCUACCCCAGGAACCUUGUUAUAACACCUCCAGGAACUGGGCAUCCAUAGCUUCUUUGGACCAUCUGUUCCAGUGCCUCAUCACCCUUUGAGUAAAGAAUUUCCCCCUAACAUCUAACCUAAAUCUCCGCUCUUCCAGUUUAAAACCAUUCCCCCUUGACCUAUCACUACCUACCUCUGUAGAAACUCAAUCUCACUCCUGCUUAUAAGCUUCCUUUAAGUACUGAAAGGCUACAGUGAGGUGUCCCUGGAACCUUCUCUUCUCAAACCUAAACAAAGCCCAGCUCCCUCCACCUAUCUCCACAGGUUAGAUGCCAUCCUCUGGAUCCACUCUAACGCCUCCACAUUUUUCCUGUGCUGGAGGCCCCAGACCUGGAUACAGUACUCCAGGUGGGGUCCUCACAUCCUCCCUGAUUCAAGUGCAACACGUUGCAUUUGUCUUUGUUGAACCUCAUUAUGCUUAUGCAGCCCCACUUUUCAAGCCUGUUCAGGUCCCUCUGGAUGGCAUCUCUCUCUUCUAUGUCAGCUGUACACAGUAUUAGUGUCAUCAGCAACUGUGCUGAGAAUGCACUUGAUUCCAUCAUCAUUGAUAAAGGCAUUACAGAGCACUGGUCCCAAAAUGGAAUCCCAGGGGACACCACUUGUGACAGGCCUCCACUUGGACAUAGAGCAGCUGAAAAAAACCCUCUGGCUGUAACCAUCCAAUUAACUCAUCAUCCACCAAAUAGUUCACCCUUCAAAUUAUUUUCUCUCUAAUUUAGAGAUAAGGAUGUAGUAUGGGAAAGCACCUGUGGUUUUAUAUGUCUAUAUUUAUCUGAAUGUAUAGAUGUGUUUUCUUUCUCAAAGCCCUCAGUACUAAGUAAGAUUACUUCCUAUAUUCUCUGCACUGAUUACAAGCCUAUUUUCAUAUUAAAAACAAAAAAAACAAAAAAAAAUACCCCACAAAUACAAAACCUUCAAAGAAUCAGAAAGAGAGAUAGAGCGGCACAACAAAGCCAUCGCUAUUUGAAGGCAAUCUGCACAAACUGUGAUGUCUCCAUACCCAGAUGUGUAGCAGUCAGCACCAUGCUUUGAAAAGAAUAAAAAAAAAUAAUCAACCAAAA